AUGGAUGUUGUUUCUGAUGUAGAGUCCAUAACACUUAUUGAGUGUGCUACUUGUGGCCGACAUUUUCGGGAAGAUAUAAUUAACCGACAUAAAGUGGUAUGCAUUAAGAAUUCUACAAAGAAGAGAAAACCUUUUGAUAGCACUAAACAACGAUUACAAGGUAUAGAGGAAAAGAAUCAAAACAUAUUAGGAGGAGCAUCUGGGAUUAAAUCAGUUGAAACUGCACGAAAAAUAGCUCAAGUUGAAGCACGCAAACAUCAGUGGAGAAAAAAGCAUGAAGAAUUUAUCAGUGCAAUUAGGGCUGCAAAAGAGUAUACAGUUGCAAAACAGACUGGUAAACCUUUGCCACCUCCUCCACCGCCAGCUAUUGAUCCAGAUCUAAUUCAAUGUGAAUACUGUCUAAGAAGAUUCAACGAGAAAGCUGCUGAACGUCAUAUCAAGUUUUGUCGUGAAAAGCACUCACGUUUACCAACUAACAAUGCAUCAUCUAACACAACCGGAAUCGGUCGUCUACGUGCUACCACACGUACAACGGCUCCAGCUAAUAUUGAUCCUACAAUACGAAGUAACAGAAAAGGCUCAAGUACUUCUUAUACACAAAAUAAUUAUGGAUUACAUACUAACGAUGAGAAUCAUAGUCAAACGUUACAUAAUACAAAUUCAACACGAAACACAAAACAUGGAAUACCACAACUAGUCAAACCAACACAAAAUCCUUCAACCACCGGUGUUCGAAAUUCUAGUGAAUUACGUAAAAAUCAGGAUGAAAUGAUAAGAUCACAUAUCUCAUCAAAUAACCCAAAAGAAGAGACACCACAUAGCAAUAAUAAACGAGGCUUGCCGUCAAGUCAAAUGCGACAACCAACACAUACAGGCAAAACAACUAGCUAUGCACAAAACAGCUCGAAAGGAGUAACAAAUGAUAAAUCAAAUAAACUUUGUUCUGAAUGUGGUUAUAAAUUUCCAACUUCAGCUGUAAGAUUUUGUCCUGAAUGUGGUGUACGACGUAUGGUAGUUUAA